AUGACGGAUCUCUUGCUGGACCCAGCCAUCAGGUCGUGGGUAUUUGUGCCAAUCGUUUUGACUACUUUUCUAAUUGGAAUUAUUAGACAUUAUGUUUAUUUGUUGUUGCUGAAUAAAAAGAAACAAGAUCUGAACAAUCUCAAGGACAGGUAGGAACCUUUCUAUAUUAACUACUAUAAUAUUAAGCUAUACUAACUAUAAAAGUAUGAAAGGCUUCUUUUAAUUAUAAGAUUCUAACUUUCAGUCAUAUUUUGGCCAAGGCUAGACAAUUGAGAGAAUACGGGCACCUUAUACCAUCAUCAUCAUAUCAAAUGCGAGUUAAUUUCUAUGCCAAUGAAGAGUCGGGAGUUUUACCGAAGAGAAUCGAGAAACAAACAGCUGCUCCGAAUGCAUUGGAUCCAUCUAUGAUGAGCGAGAUGUUGAAGGGUAACAUGCUGAACAUGAUUCCAAUGAUUUUUAUCGGCGGCUGGAUCAACUGGACGUUUUCCGGUUUUGUUACUACUAGAGUAAGUUGUGAUUUACCGUAAAGUAAUUGGUUUUGGAUUGAGUUUUAACCUAUUCUUAGUGUUUAAGGUAGACAAAAUGUUGCAUGGUAUAGAAAAACACCGUCAACUUUAACCUUAACUUUUUUAGGUACCCUUUCCUUUGACAUUACGAUUCAAACCUAUGUUACAAAGAGGUGUUGAGCUCAGUUCUUUGGACGCAGCUUGGGUGUCAUCAGCAUCAUGGUACUUCCUCAACGUUUUUGGUCUUCGAUCUAUCUACAACUUGGUAUUGGGAGGAGAGAACAUUGCUGACUCAAUGAUGGACGAACAGACCCAAGGCAACAUGCAAGCUCCACCAGAUCCGAAACAAGCAUUCAAAGCGGAAUGGGAAGCGCUACAGAUAUCGUCACACUCUUUUAGACUGUAA